AUGGAUAAAGUUAACGACUUUUACGUUAAGCCAGCAUUCAACGCAUUAGCUCAUUGCAAACAGGCAUACGCAGCAAACGGCAUCAUGGAUUUCAACCUUCAAAACAUCGAUCUACAGAAAAUUGCCUCCUUAGACCAGCAGUAUCUGGAAGACGUUUUGGUGGACGAAGCGGUACCUCAACAACAGUAUAGCGUAGAGAUGGUAUCACCACCUGCGCCUCCAGUCCUUUGCUACGAACUGACUCCCGUUACACCGAUCUUCGUCGUGAGUCCAGAGGUUUACAAUGAACAUGUCGUGAACGCUGUCUAUACCGAACCUCAACCUGCACCCGUUUAUCAAGAGUUGGGAGCUGCAACAACAACCUAUGAGGAGCCCGUUUCAGCUUUCAACUAUUCAUACCAGUAUACACCAGUGUCUGUUGUUAGCACUGAGGACUACAGUAACAGUGGUUAUUCAAGUGAAUCUCGUUCCGAGACGCCAAUCGCCGAAGUUUAUCAGCUCCAGCAAGAUGUUACGAAUCAACCGUCAAUUUUUGCCGAAAUAUCGAGCGAAGCGAGCUCUAUGGUGUUGAAGCAAGUCACACCAACAGAAACGGCCAUGGAAGUUCAACAACCGACUUCAGCAUUGGUUGAAGACAUCGCUGUAGCAGGGCCAUCAAGAAUCCCGAACGGCCCCACAAUAUCGUACGUCGAAGACGCAGAGCUGGGUAGACUCCAGGUGAUCGAGAAUCGAAAGGCCACCGGCAAACGAGGUCGCCGUCCCGUUGCCAAAAUGGUAGUCCGGGUAACUGACUACAAGUGCACGGAAUGCGAUCGGAUGUUCAUCAGCAAAGGUGGUCUGACACAGCAUAUCAAUCAACUGCACAGCAAGGAGCGCAACUUCAAGUGUUCAACCUGUGGCAAAUGGUAUGAAACGGCAAAGCAGUUGAAGGUGCACGAAAAGCGCCACGAUGUAGGCAAAGCUUUCCCGUGUCAGCUGUGCCCAUCGGAAUUCAACUAUCAGUCGGAUUUGACGCGGCACACCGAACAUCAUCAUGGGAAGGAAGCCCGGUACAGCUGCAAGAAUUGUGAUAAGCGUUUUUCGAGGUUCGAUCAUAAGAAAAGACACGAGAUGGGACAUUUUAACAAUACUAUCAAAUAA